CCACCAUCCCUAAAAUGGAUUAAUAAAAGGGUGCUUUUCUUUUUUUUCGGAAACCGAAUUGCUCUUUGGAAAGAACUCUUGGAUGUUUAGACUCCUGUCUUGCUGAGUGCACUUAGCUUGCGACCAGGGUAAUUGACAGAGCUGCAAAGUAGGCAAAUGUGUUCUGAAAUCAUUCUCCUCUCAAAACAGCAAGAUAAAAGGAAAGAAUUUGCACCCAGUGCAUGGAUUGCGUUGGUCAAGGCCUGAGAGUUGUGCUUAAUAUAUUUAUCUCCCCACUCCUAUCCUGUGUUGGUCAUAUAUGUUGGAUUUAGCAAGAAUGUUGCAAGACUUCAUAAGAACUCCUGCUUGUUUCUACAUUCUAAAACCUCUUGGAAGGGUCAAAAAAUGAUGACAAAGUACAACUUUGGAAAUUAGCAGAAUCACAUAUCAAGAGUGGGGAAGAAUUAUAUUUUCCCGUUGGAGGAAGGAGCCUGGAGCUCCUCUUGAUUCAUUUCAAUCAGCGUGAGAGGGGAGCCAUGAGCAAUGUUCCUGACCUUGACAAGCUGGUGUUAUCAUGAUCAAGUCCUGUGCUUUGAUUUCAACCAGUGGCCAGCAGCUUUGUAUAAUCAAAAAGAGGGAGGGUAUUUUUAGAACUAUCGUAAAAGGCUGUUUAUGCUGGCUGGAACGGAUAACUUACAGAAAGAUCAUUACGUUUCCCACAGACUAGGCGUGAAGGCGUUGAGGAAUAUUGCCAUCUGUGUGAAGAGAAGCUUCAUAUUACCCCAAGCAAAAACAAGGCUUCACGUGUACAGGAUAUACAGCUUGUGCAUACAUGGAUUUAUCUAUGUCAUGAUAAACUGAUGGUCUCCACAAUGCUGUCACCAACAAUUCAUUGAUGCCGCAAAGUAUUUUUAGUCCGUGACCUGAGAGUUAUACUUCAUGGGAGGAGUCAUGCUUCACACGGCUACAUCUUGCUGGCAUUUAAUCCUGUGUGUGACCAUGGUUUUGGUCUAUGUUGGGACCACUCUAGGCUGUCCGGCCCGCUGUGAAUGCUCAGCGCAAAACAAGUCUGUCAGCUGUUAUCGGAGGCGACUCAUCUCUAUACCAGAGGGCAUCCCAAUAGAGACUAAGAUUUUGGAUUUAAGUAAGAACAAACUGAAAAGUGUGAGCCCAGAGGAUUUUUUGACUUAUCCUUUGCUGGAGGAGAUAGACCUUAGUGACAAUAUUAUCUCAAAUGUGGAGCCUGGAGCUUUUAAUAAUCUUUUUAACUUACGUUCUUUGAGCUUAAAAGGGAAUCGUUUAAAACUGGUGGACCUGGGUGUCUUUACAGGUUUGUCAAACUUGACUAAGCUUGAUAUAAGUGAAAACAAAAUAGUUAUCCUAUUAGACUAUAUGUUUCAGGGUCUUCAUAAUUUAAAGUCCCUUGAAGUUGGAGAUAAUCAGCUAGUUUUUAUAUCACAUAGAGCUUUUAGUGGACUGCUUAGUCUGGAGCAGCUCACCUUGGAGAAAUGCAACUUAACAGCCGUACCUACUGAUGCCCUUUCACAUCUACACAACCUCUAUAGUCUCCAUUUAAAAUAUCUCAACAUUAACGCGUUGCCUGAAAUUGCCUUCAAGAGAUUGUUUCGGCUGAAAAUUUUGGAUAUCAGUUAUUGGCCUCUCCUGGAUAUCAUACCUGCAAACAGUUUUUAUGGUCUGAACCUGACAUAUCUCUCAAUUACCUACACCAAUAUCUCAAUAAUUCCUUAUCAUGCUUUAAAACACUUGGUAUACUUAACUCACCUAAAUCUUUCCUUUAACCCCAUUGGCAGUAUUGAAGCAGGAGCACUGGGAGACUUGGUUCGCCUUCAGGAACUACACUUAGUUGGAGCCCAGAUACGCAUUAUUGAACCCCAUGCCUUUCAAGGUCUCAGGUUCCUGCGCUUACUUAAUGUGUCUCAGAACCAGCUGGAAACAUUAGAAGAGAAUGUUUUCCUCUCUCCAAAGGCUCUGGAAAUACUUUGUAUUGAUAAUAACCCACUAAUGUGUGACUGUCGCCUCAUUUGGAUGCUGCAGAGGCAUCCCAUGUUGAACUUUGGAGGUCAACAGCCAACAUGUGCAAGCCCAGACAAUAUUAAAGAGAAAUCAUUUAAGGAAUUCCACAGCACUGUAUUAUCUCUAUACUUUAUAUGUAAAAAACCUAAAAUCAAGGAAAGAGACAUUCAACAGUUGCAUGUAGAUGAAGGGCAGAGGGUACAGAUGAAUUGCAAUGCUGAUGGAGAUCCUCAGCCAAUGAUUGCCUGGGUUACCCCCCGAAGAAGGAUGGUUUCAGCAAAAUCCCAUGGAAGAGCCACUGUAUUGGUCAAUGGCACUCUGGAAAUAAGGUAUGCCCAGAUUCAAGACACUGGAACCUAUGUUUGUGUUGCUAGUAAUGCUGCUGGAAAUGAUACCUUCUCGGCUUCCCUUACUGUGAAAGGAUUUGUUCCCGACCGUUCCUACACCAAUAUGACUCCCAUGUUCAUUACGGAAUUAAAUGAAACCAACACUAAUGGCACCAAUUCUAACAUGACAUUUUCUUUGGACCUUAAGACAAUACUGGUGUCCACCGCUAUGGGUUGCUUUACAUUCCUUGGUGUGGUUUUAUUUUGCUUCUUGUUGCUUUUUGUUUGGAGCCGAGGGAAAGGAAAGCACAAAACUAGCAUUGAUCUGGAAUAUGUCCCUCGUAAAAACAAUGGUGCUGUAGUGGAAGCAGACGUCACAGGCACUGUACCCAGGAGAUUUAACAUGAAAAUGAUCUAGCAGAUUGCUACAAGAAGAGAUUUGUUAUCUUCUGGCAUUGUUUCUGUUCACUAAAACAGCCUGGCAAUUUGGAUUGCUGGGUGUAGGCAGCUACAUGAGGCUGCCAGCGUGUCAAACUGGUUUUGUGAUAUUUGAAAAGACAGUCUAGAGCUGCUUAAAAAAGAGCCCAGUGACCUGUGGGCAAAAACCUGAGGGCAUUUCAUGGAGUGGUUUCACUAAUUCUUUGCAUUGCAAAUAUUGGCAUUCUGGGGAUCUCAGUAACAAACUUAUGACUCAUUCUCAUGGACAACUGCUCAACAUUUUCUACCACUGAAAACAAAAAAUAAGAAAAACCUACAGUGUAGGAUUUGCAUACAAAAAUGACACAUGUCCAAAAAACAUAUUCUAGAGUGUAAUUUGUAUCUAUAGAUAUCAUUUGUUUAAGCUGAGCAUCAUUCUUUCUUGUUGGUUUCACAUUACAAAUGAAUUGGUAUGGCUUAUUUUAUAAACAUUCCCAACCUGAAGCAAUACAAAGGAGAGAUUGUUGCUUUGUCUCCACUAAUAAAGAUGACUUCAGUCCAGCCAUGACUCUCAUAUUAAAAUAUCACCUGUAGCCAAUCAAGCAUUGGUCCGAAAUACAGAAUGGCUUGUUAUACUUUUUAUUUUUUUAAUACAUGCAAAAAAAAAUAUGUUUCUAUUGGAUUACAAUUCAGGAAAUAUUGAACAACAACACAAUUUGAAUGUUGGUUCCCUAUUGUAAAAAUGAAUUGUUAUAGACAUACCAUUUUUGGCUCAGUGAUGUUUAACAUGGUAACCAUGGCAUUAAAAACUGUUCAUUGGAUUCCCAAACUUUAUUUUAUUUACUUUACUUUAUAACCAGCUAAAAAUUUUAAAGCUGAAUCGAUGCUUGGUUAUAUUUAUUGUGUGACAAUGUUUAUAAAGACAUAUACAUGAUUUGAUACAGAGCUGAGUUAUUUUUUAUACCUAGUAUAACAAUGGACCAGUUUACUGUAACAGAAAAAAAUAUAAUAAUAAUUGUAUCGUCAUCCAGGUUGACAAAGUGUAGCCAACUGUUGACAUAUUUUGUUUAGUGGAAGUCAAUAGUGCAGAUCAGAAUGGCCCAUUUGUGUCUUAUGACUUGCAGUAAAUGACAGGGGUUUAGUAUUGUGACAGUUACAGCUAUGAAUCUUUAGGAGAAAAAGAAAACAUUCCUAGCUAGAUAAAUCUAAUACCAGAUCGUCCUUUGGAAAUUAACAUCAAAAAUACAAUAUAUGCAUAAAGCCAUUAUGAACAUCAGUGUUUUGUUAAAACAGAAAUUAUUUUCUAUACAAAUAUAGUAGCCAUUUAUUAUGAAAUAUUGUUACCAUAUAUAUGUGACUUAAAGAAAACAAAAAAAUUCUAUGUUAAAAUUUCUGAUGUCACAGGUAUCUCGUAGCAUAAAGUAAGUGCAAUUCAGCAGGAGCGUAUAGAGGAUUAAGAGUUACAGCAUUAAGUUCCUAUGUUAAUCUGUGAGCCAUUAUGCACUGAAGUUUUUUUUUCUUUUUUUUUCUGUAAUAAUGGUCUAAAGAAUGAUGUAGGAACCCAAGGGAUUUCCCCAAGAAGCAUUCAUAUCCAAUUUCAUCCAGUAGAGCUGAAAAAAAAACCAUCUGUUUGCCUGUGUGUUUGUUAAAAACAGGAUUUUUUUUUUGAUCCGCUUCACAAAUAUAAUGACCAAAGGGCUCAGAAAACAAAGAAACAUAAUUACUGACCCAUAUCAAUUCCGCUUCAUUAUGUCCCAGUGCUGUAAUGAUAAAUCACCUUGGUCCAGUUAGAAAGAGUAUCUGUUUAUUAAUGUUCCAGUCAGUGAAAAUACAUGUAAGUUGUGCAAAACCUUUGAUUUGAAUGCUUCUUUUUAUUUUUAUUUUUAUUUUUCUAGUUAUAAUUAACGGACACACAACUAGCAGUAAACAGCGGCAAUCAUGUUCAAACAGCCAAAAAGCAUAAUAAAAUUGAAUAAUUAUCUAAA